AUCACAAUGGUUGGAUAGAAUUUAGGUAGAAUUUGUUUUUGUUUGUUUGUUUAUUUAUUUUUCCUGAUUGAUCAACUCUGGUCUACACUCCAGCAUACUAGGUGGCGGUAAUGCACAAUUAAGUUGGUUGCCACCGGCCAUUUAAGGGACAGGAAGGAGAAGAAGAAGAAGAAGCGAGGAGGUCAUUUUACAGUGACGUAUGUCGCGAGCGUCCCAGCAGUUCGGGUUGACGCCAGUGUUUAGCAUGGCGCUCAAGUCAGGAGAGGAGCGUCUCAAAGAAAUGGAGGCUGAGAUGGCUCUAUUUGAGCAGGAGGUUCUUGGAGGUCCAGUCUCAGGAGGCCCAGCUGUUAUGGAAGCUAUACCUGUGGCUUUGGCAGUUCCUCCAGUUACUGUGGUGCGACCCAUUAUUGGCACAAACACUUACAGACAGGUCCAGCAGACGUUGGAGGCCAGAGCUGCUAGUUUUGUUGGGCCUCCGCCGACCUUUGUUGGACCAGUUCCUCCAGUACGUCCUUCACCACCUCCCAUGAUGAGACCAGCCUUUGUCCCCCAUAUUCUACAGAGACCUGGUAGUCAAAGACUGCAGAUGAUGCGUGGUCCUCCACUAGCACCUCCUCUGCCUCGACCUCCACCGCCUCCUCCUAUGAUGCUCCCUCCUUCCCUGCAGGGCCCGAAUCCUCAGCCGAUGCAGCACAUGGCUGCUGUGCCUCAGGUGGCUGAAAUGGUCACUGUGGUGUCAGCCCCUGCCCCUAGACAGGGAGUCCCUCCUCCUGCAAAGCUGACACCAUCAAUCAUCCAGGCUGCACCAACUGUGUACUCAACUCCUCCUGCUCCAUUCGGACACAAACGAAAUGAUGUCAGAGCUCAGAGACAAGCGAGGAUGGAGGAGCUGGCAGUGCAGGUUGCAGAGCAGCAGGCAGCAGUGACUGCUGCAGGUCUUCUGGAAAGGAAAGACAGUGAAGACAGCAGUGCUAUCAUUGGUCCAAGCAUGCCUGUCUCUGAGCUCGUCCACAAUGAGCUGCCUGUGGAAAGUGCUGCAGAGGAGAAAAAGAAAACAAAAGUGGAAAAGGUGAAGAAGUGCAUUCGUACAGCAGCAGGGAGCAGCUGGGAAGAUCAAAGUCUGUUGGAGUGGGAGUCAGAUGAUUUCAGAAUUUUCUGUGGCGAUCUUGGUAAUGAGGUCAAUGACGAUAUACUGGCCCGGGCCUUCAGCAGAUACCCUUCUUUCCUCAAGGCUAAGGUAGUGAGAGACAAACGGACAGGAAAGACCAAAGGCUACGGCUUUGUCAGCUUCAAGGAUCCAAACGACUAUGUGCGAGCCAUGAGGGAGAUGAAUGGAAAGUAUGUUGGCAGUCGUCCGAUUAAACUGAGGAAGAGCACAUGGAGGGACCGCAACAUUGAAGUGGUUCGCAAGAAACAAAAAGAGAAGAAGAAACUGGGUCUAAGAUAGUGUUUAUACAAAAAGGGUUUGGUGUUGUAUUUCCAUUUAGUUCUGCCUUGUGUAGCUGUUUUCCUUUUUUAAUAAAACCCUUAUUUUAACCA